UGACUAAGGAAGGACUUGCAGCAAGGGUAGUUGAUAGGCAGCAGGUGCACAGAACAAUGUCUAAAGAAGAAAUACUGCAUUUGUUUGAAUUUGGUGAUGAUGAAAAGGCUGAUGUAAUGGAUGAACUGGGACAAGAGCAAGAAGUCGUGGCAAAACCAAACACUGGAAAUUUGUUGAAGCCAGAACUGCCGCAUCCUCAAGGAACUUCUUCCGACAACUUAUUUGAAAUGUUGAUUAGCAGACAUCAUCUCAGUUGGAUUUCAAAUUAUCAUGAACACGACACACUCUUGCAAGAAAACGAAGAUGAAAAACUGUCAAAAGAAGAGCAGGACUUGGCUUGGGAACUAUAUCUGAGAACCCUCAAGUGGGAA